ACCCUUGUGCUUGUGGACGAUGCUGUGCAGUGACGGACAUAGUGUAGGCCUACUGUUCAUUGCGCUGUCCAAUCGCUAAUACACAGUGUUAUCUUUAGACUUUAUUGUGUAUGGCCAACGGGGUUGUUUCGGCCACAAUGGAAAGUACAGUACAAUAUAUUUUAGAUCUUAAGCCAAAUUGGACGAGGGUUGUGAUUUCAACUCUUUGCGGAACUUGUUUGAUAGGCUUACUCGUAAAAUGGAUACAUCGUGUGCGGGCGGACAGCUUGAUUCUGAAGGCAAGAAACCGUCGAGAAACCAAUCUUCUGCAGGCGGAAGAAGUUGUGCGCGAUUACAAUGAUUCGCAUCCCGGUGCGUACGGCUGCCUCAUUCACUCACUUUCUGCACGUCAGCUGACGCUGAGUCUAAAGGAGGGAUCCUUGGUCCCUGAAGACGUGUUAUUCUCAUAUAUGACAAAGGCACUAGAAGCCAAUAAAAGACUUAACUGCUGUACAGAGAUUAUGAUGGAGAGUUUGAACCACUCGAAAUCUAUGGACUCUUAUAAAGACGGACUGCUGUACGGUGUUCCUGUAAGCAUCAAGGACAACGUAGGAUGCAAGGGCUAUGACUCCACCUGUGGGCUGCUCUGCAGACUGAACCAGCCGGCUCUGGAGGACAGCGUCAUUGUUGAGGUGUUGAGAAGACAAGGAGCCAUCCCUUUCGUGAAGACUAACGUGCCUCAAAGCCUCAUGAGUUAUGAGUGCAGCAACCCCAUCUAUGGGACGUGUGUAAACCCCCACAACCCUAAGAAGACCCCGGGGGGCUCAUCUGGGGGGGAGGGGGCCCUCAUCAAGGGAGGUGGAUCGUUGCUGGGCAUAGGCACUGAUAUCGGGGGCAGUAUACGAAUACCCUGCUCCUUCUCAGGGAUCUGUGGGCUCAAGCCCACCUGCAAUAGACUGAGUACAAAGGGGAUCUCCAGCAGUGUCAAAGGACAAACUUCAGUGAAAACCAGUGUGGGACCCAUGGCCAGAGAUGUUGACAGCCUGGCACUUUGCAUGCAGGCCCUGCUGUCUGAUCACAUGUUUACGCUGGACCCUACUGUUCCACCCAUCCCAUUUAACACAGAGGUGUACCAGAGCUCCAAGCCACUGAGAAUAGGCUAUUACGAAAACGACGGCUACCAGCAUCCAUCUCCCAGCAUGCUGCGGGGGGUCAGAGAGGUCAAGGCUCUGCUGGAGCGUGCUGGCCACACUUUCGUGGCCUUCAAGCCGUUGAAGAUGGAAUACGCCAUGAAUGACCUCAUCAUUAAAGCCUUUUUUUCAGAUGGAUCUUCCACUUUGCUAAAAGCCUUUGAGCGGAGCCCAUUGGACCCUACGAUUUCCUUCCCGAUCAAAGUGUGCAGAUUGCCUUACGUACUAAAGAAAAUCCUCUCAGUUCUUCUGAAACCUCUGUUUCCCCGCGUUGCGAAGAACCUCGGCCUUCUCGGUGGACUCGGGUCGGUCCAACAGCAGUGGGAACUGGAUGUUGCAAUUCAGGAAUACAUUCGGGAGACCAUUGACGAGUGGAAGAGGUGUGACCUUGACGUGCUGUUGUGCCCUGUGAUUGGUCCAGCCUUCAACCACAACUACAGUGCCAAGCUCGUCUGCGCCCUCAGCAGCACCCUCCUCUUCAACCUGCUGAGCUUCCCCGCGGGCGUGGUCCCGGUCAGCAGCGUUACCCCGGCGGACGAGAUCCUGCUGAAACAAUUCAAGGGGAAUUUCCAGGACCUUUGGGACAGGGAGUUUGUGCAGGCAGUGAAGGGGGGUGAGGGCCUGCCUGUAGCGGUGCAGUGUGUGGCCUUACCCUGGCAGGAGGAGCUGUGUCUGCGCUUCAUGAAGGAGGUGGAGACCCUGGUCGGAGAGAGCAGGCCGUGAGGAGGGAGAGGGAGUGGAAGAAUGAGGGAGGAUGCAAAUGAUCCACCAGUGGACCUUUGGGAGCCUUGAAGACACAUAGGAUUUGUGUUGAAUUUUGCUUUUAGACUGACUGCUGCUUUGCACUGUACUGUAGAUUAAUCAUUUGAUGACUCAUUUGAUGUAGGAUCUAUUCGAUAGAUGCUUCGAUGUUAUGUCAUGUUCUUUUUGCGCCUUAUGAUUAUUAGGUCCGUUUGUAAGGGUUUUGAGCUCUGUACUUUUAACUUUUUUGGGGGGUUUCGUUUAAAGUGUGGUCUGAAAUCAAUUUCACAAGUUAACUUGUCAUUAGAAGUACUACUAAUCUGCUGUGGUUGGCUCAGCUUUAGUCAUGUCUCCAAUUCUGGACUUAAAAGAUGUUCAAACCCAAGUAAUAAUGUCAAUUCUUGAAGAUUGUGUUUGGAAAGCUUGAGAUUUUUCAAUCAUCUGAUUUGAUAAUGAUAAACGUAAUGCACAUUAAGUUUGAAUCAAGUGAAGGUAAAUGGCUUGUUUGUUCUGUGGUUUCUAAAUAUUUUUUAACAGAUAAAUAAUGCAAUAAAAAAAUAAGCAAUAAUACAAA